UAAGAAAACAGUAGUCCUCUCCUCAGGCAAGGGAUCGGACCAGGGAUCGCCUCCCUGUCAUGUUGUGAACCGCCGACGCGUUUAUCUCUUGACCAACGGAGAACCGCAAGACUUUCGAUAUGGAAACGUGCGUGCUCAUACCCCAGGAAUUCUCCCUCGUCCUCACGGCCGCACCCGACAACCACAACCGGCUCAAGAAGAAGCUCCCGGAAAUGUCGGUGAACGUUUGGACUAACGCCAGGAUCCCACAGGGCACCCUCAUCUACCCCUUUCAGGGCACCAUCCGACUCGACAAACUCGAAGUCUAUGGAUACCUCGAGGACAACGAUAUCCGGCACAGGUUCGGCUGCUACGACGAAAUAACGGAAGUGGACCGGCGGAGGGUACGUCACUGCAAUUGGGUCCGCUUCCUCAGAACCUCGACGACGUACUCGGACCAAGUCAAUAUCAUAGGAACUAAAAUUAAAGGAGAGCCCAUCUACGAGGCUGUGAAAAAUAUCCCUGCCAACUCGGAGCUGGUCGUCUACUUCCUGCCCGAACGGCCCGAAGAGGUUUUCUUCAUGCCGGCUGUCCACUACCUACGGAACUCUCUGUACCGACGGACCAUGGACACAAUACUCGAAGAUUCUCCUUUGGAUUUGUCAAUGUCCCUCUUAUCGAGGGCUUUGAUCAGCUCGUCCGGUUCCUCGUCCCCGGGCGACACGGACGAAAGGAAAUCCGUGAGCGGCGACUCUUCCGUCAGCGGGGAAGUCGACCACGUCGUGAGGAGACAAGUCUCGCCAAAAGCGAGGGCACCUAGGUCGGAAAGGACACUCCUGCCCUGCGAGGUCUGCGGCAAGGCUUUCGACAGGCCCUCCCUCCUCAAGAGACACAUGAGAACGCACACAGGAGAAAAACCGCAUGUUUGUUCUGUGUGCAACAAGGGAUUCAGCACGAGCAGCUCUCUGAACACGCACCGGCGGAUCCACUCUGGAGAAAAACCCCACCAGUGCCAAGUGUGCGGAAAAAGGUUCACUGCCAGCUCGAAUCUGUACUACCACCGGAUGACCCACAUCAAGGAAAAGCCGCACAAGUGUUCUUUGUGUUCCAAGUCGUUUCCGACCCCGGGCGACCUCAAGUCGCACAUGUACGUGCACAACGGGUCUUGGCCGUUCAGGUGCAACAUCUGCAGCCGGGGCUUUUCGAAGCACACCAACCUCAAGAACCACCUCUUCCUCCAUACAGGUGAUAAACCGCACGGGUGUGAUCUCUGUCAUAAAAAAUUCGCCCUCGCCUGUAACCUCCGAGCACACAUGAAAACACACGAAGGUGAAUCUCAAGAAGAAUGCAGAACAUGUGGUAAGACGUUUUUGGGUGGAGACGGAAGGCUGUGCACCCACUGCCAUCCUCCGACGGUCAUCCAACAGGACAGCGAGGAAUCGACUCCUUCCGAAUAAUCGCGAAUUGCAAUUGAUAAAAAUACACUAAAACGAUCUCAAACAAGUGUGUAAAUAGCCUGGAAUGAAAAGGGUAUGGGAGAAUUAGAGUGUAGAGAAGUACAAUUAAAACUAGCUUCAAGUGAUAUGUGAAAAUUAUAAGAUGCAUUUUUUUUUAAAGAGUUGUAUAACUUUAAUUUCUCUAAUCAGCGGACAUAUUGUUAAAUUCUCCUUGUCCGCUUGAAUCAAUGUAUAAUAGCUUUAAAUCGUCGUUAUUUAAAUAUUUAUUCAUGCCCCGUCAGGUUUCAAUAUAUAACACAACAUUUGUUAGUUGAAUAGUAAUAAAUUACUAAUAAAAAUGUACAUUGUUAUAUUUAUAUCUUUUUCUACUGGCUUUAUAUUUGUGUUGCUCAAUAAUUUUUCUUUUAAUUUUUGUGUGCACUGUAUGAUUUCUUAAAAGGUUGUUAUUUAUCCGUCCAAGUUGAACAGGCGAUACUUCCCUCUAGUCAUGUAUAUAACAUGCAAUGUCGUUUAUAUCUUAAUAUUUUUGUAUAAAUAAAUCUCUCUACUUAUUAUUUA